AUGGUUCGUCGUAGCGUCGCGGUGGCGCAGAAAGGCACCGCCCCACCGCUCUCCGAGUAUUAUCUGCCGGCCGAACCGGUCUACAACGAGAUCGACGUAGUCCCCUACAAAUCGCAUCAAACCCACCAAUUCCCCCAAGUCCCCCGCACCACACGCCGCCCCAGCUUUCAUGGCGUCGGCCCGAUCCUGCCGCAGGGCCAUAAUUUCGCGCUGGAAAGGCCGCCAGUCCAGCCGAUCGUGGGCCAAAGAGCGGCCCAUUUCGAGCUGCAAAAGGCCGAAAAAUUGCUGAGUAAAAAUCCCGAAAAGGCAGCCAAAAAACCGUUUAAUCCGAUUGUUUUGACUCGCAGAGGCUGCACCGAUGUCCCCUUCUGCAUGCUCUUUAUUUUGUACAUUUUCGGAUGGGCGUUCGUCGCGUUUAUUGGUGAGUUUUUUAAUUUUUCGAAUUUUUGAAGAUUAUUUACAGGCCUCUAGGUUUCUAAAAAUUUGAUAAACAAUGUCAUAAAUCUAUUGAAAUUCAAAAAAAUCAGAAAAUUUAGGGAAAUUUGCCUAAAACAAUAACGAAAUGUCAUAUUCGGUCUAAAAAAUGCUUCUCCAACAAAUGAAAUUGUCAAUAAAAGCUUUUAAGACACGGACAAACAAAGAUUAAAGCAUACAGUGACGGACCUGAUCCAGUAGCAAAAGACGUACCAUUUUGCAUCCGGGAAGCAUCAAAAAUGUGGCAAAAUUCCUCCCUCUCCAAGUGAAAAAAACUCCGAUUUCAAAAGAGCGCUCGUUCUUUAUUGUGAGGCGCCCUUCAAAACGGAGUUUUUUUUGGUUGGAGAGGGAGGCAUUUUGCCACAUUUUUGUUAAUUCCCGGAUGCAAAAUGAUAUGCUUUUUGUUACUGGAUCAGGUCACUUGCUUUAUUCUUUGUUUGGCCGUAUUUUAAAAGCUUUUUAUUGACGAUUUCAUGGGUUGGAAAAGGAUUUUUUGGACCGAAUAUGACAUUUCGAUAUUGUUUUAGGCAAAUUUCUCUAAAAUUUGUUGAUUUUUUUUGAAUUUCAAUAUAUUUGGGGCAGUUUUUAUCAAAUUUUUAGAAACCUAGAGGCCCUAAGCGCAUUUUAAAGAGCAGCUAGAUUUAUGUUCUUGUGUUUUCAUUUACCUUUUCACCUGAUUUUAGCCUACAACUACGGUAAACCGGAGCGGAUUUUGUAUCCUACCGAUUCAUGGGGAAAUUCGUGCGGAAAGAAGCGGCCAAGUGUCUUCGAUACCAGUGAAAAGCCAUACUUGUACUUUUUUGAUCUCACCAAAUGCGUCUCCUACACGACUUUGCUCUCUGGAUGCCCAACUCCGCAGGUAGGAUAAGAUAAUAUUUGCGGAUUUUUGGGGAAAAUUGGAGUUAAUUUAAGUCAAAAAUGGUGGCAAUUGAAUCUACGAGGCUUUCUGGGCCAUGUAGAAAAUUUUCGGGCUGUUUGGAAAUUUAAAAUUUGAAAUUCCCGCCAAAUUUGGCAUUAUGUUCUAAGUCCAUUUGAGUUGCUAAACUGGUGUAAUCACCGAUGAAAAUGGUAGUAUGAGUCUUAAAAUAUGUUAUAUAUAUUGAAGGGACUUUUUAUUUGGGGUUUUUGGCGAUUUUUAUAUUAUCCGUGAUAAUUUUUGGUAAUUUUUGCAAUUUUUCGAAAAUUUUUUAUCCAAAUUCAGAUAAAUUAGGUCGUAUUGAGCUAAAUGGGACAUGCUGGAAACAUUUUCUUGCCUUUUCAAGUUUGAAUUCAACUAUUUUUUACCAAUUUUAUAUUGUUUUAGAUGUGCGUCUCCAGAUGCCCCACAAAAUAUUGGUCCUACGUGUCAUUGGCCAGAGCUUGGAGCGUGGAUUCCGUUCAACAAAACGCCUUCUGCGAUUAUACAGUCGAUGUGAAUAGCAUCACAACUUUUAAUCAGCUCCAAACGUUGGUAAAAACGGGAAAAUGCGCUGCGUAUACGGUACCUUCCAGUGUUGGUAAGUGGCUUUUUUGGGUGUAAAAUUGGUUUAUUUUUGGGUUUUUGGAGCUGUUGGGAGUUUAAAAUUGAAUGGGAUAGCUGAAAAUAUUAAAAUUGAGGGGUCUCAAUCUUUCGUGGUGGGACCCAAAAUUUUGUAAUUUUUUGGAAAUUUAUAGGAUUUUUGGUGUAAUUUUUGUUUUUUGAUGUGAGACAGGCUAUUUUGGGAUGUGAAAUUUAAUUUUCUAUUUUUUCCAGGCAUCGUAUUUUACAUUUUUUUAAUUUUUUUUUAGAUUUUUUUCAAAUUUUUUUUUUAUUUUUUCUUGCCUGAAAGCUCUUAAAGCAUCAAUUUUUCUCGUUUCAGUUCUUGGCCGAUGCGUCCCUGAAGUCAUAAUGGAAGCGACGAACGCCUUCAAAGAAAAUGGCACCCUGAAUGACAUGCUCAACAGAUUCGGAAAUGACGCGAAUGGCCUAGUCGUGACGGACAGUCAAAUCAAUGAGACUGUUGGGUAAGAGUUUUCUGAUUUGCCUGAUUUUUUCGUUGAAAAAUCCAAAAAAUUUGCAAUUUUUUCAUUUUUUUUUUGUGUCUCGCAACGAAAACUUGAAACUGUUCGGAUUUUGAUGAAAUUUUGUAGAAAUGAAGCUAAAGGUUUACUGAGUCGUUGCGGAAAGUUUUAGAUCGUGGUUUGCAAAACAAACCGAGUUAUGCGGGGUUUAAUUUGAAAUUUUUGGUCUCGCAACGAAAAUUUGAAACUGUUCGGAUUUUGAUGAAAUUUUGUGGAAAUGAAGCUAAAGUUUUACUGAGUCGUUGGGGAAAGUUUUAGACCGUGGUUUGCAAAACAAACCGCGUUAUGCGGGGUUUAAUUUGAAAUUUUUGGUCUCGCAACGAAAAUUUGAAAUCUCUUGGAAUUUCUUCAAAUUUGGUGAAAAUAAAUAGCUAGGUCCUCUAAGGUUUCCGUAAAAUUUUUAGACCGCGUUAUGGAGAAUUUCUCGCGUUACAGAGAAUUUAAAUUCAAAAGAAUGCGAUUUUGGGAAAUAAAAAUUUUCGAUGGAAUUGAAGUGGAAAAUUUACCGAAAAAUUACCAUAGCCUUUUUAAACACUAGAAUCUUCUAUUUUCAGAGUUGUAAAGGCAAUUGCCUCAGGCGAUGGUCAGGUUUUGCAAAAAGUUGUUGUUGACCUAGGCGUGAGCUGGUGGCAAAUCCUUUCGUUCCUCGGAAUUGCGGCGGUCGUCAGCUUCGUUUGGACUCUAAUUAUGCGAAUCAUGGGUGGCUUUAUGAUAUGGCUCAGCAUCUUUCUGCUACUCAUUGGAUUAGGCGGCGGAACUUGGUAUUGUUUCAAUCAAUAUCAAAUGCUGAUAAAACAAGGAGCAAUCAACGACUACUCUUUCCAACCAAUUCUCAGUGUCUAUUUUGAGAUGCCGAAUACUUGGUUGACAUUUGGUAGGAUUUUCGCGAAAUUUGGAGCUGAUUUUUUAUAUUGUAGUAGGUAUAAGGGUAUAAAUUUUAGCGAUAAUUCUCGGAGUUUUGCUGGUAAUCAUCUUCCUGGGUGUUCUUUUCAUCCGAACUCGUGUGUCGUUGGCGGUGGCGUUGAUUGGAGAGAGCAGCAAGUAGGUGAAUAUCAGUUUUGGCCAAAAAUAAGGUCAAAGUUUUUAUGGAGCAUAUAAUUUUUGUCGAUUUUUUGGAUUUUUAUUGAUGAAAUAUGCUUUCAGAGCCCUAGGAAGUAUGCUGUCGACUUUGUUUUUCCCAAUUUUCCCAUUCGCCGUUCAUAUUGCGGUCUUUGCACUGUGGGGAUCCGUUGCGAUUUGGUUGGCCUCAAUUGGAACGGAAAACUGCGUUUAUCAGAACUAUGAUUGGCCCGAGGAUCCCAUGAACAAUCAGUCGUGCAAUUGUCAGACUCUUGGAACGGUAGGAUUUUGAGAUUUUUUGAGCUUGAAAUUUUGCACUGUGCAGUUCUUUUUUUUGAAUUUUUGAAAUUUUUUUUGUUCAAGAUGCGGUCAUGUAUGAAUGCGAAGGUACUAAAUGUCAUACAGAAGGCAUUACGAUGAUUUUUUGACCUAUUUUAAUUUAUUUUUAGAAGGUUUUGAGCAAAUUAUGUUACUUUAGGUCAUCAAAUUGAUUAUUUUUUUAGAAGUCCCGGAAAAUGCCCUUAGGGCAAUAUUGUAAAACUUUUGAAAAUUCAUGCUGAAUCUGCAAUUCAUUACCUUCAUUUUCAUAUAUUGAUUAUAAUUUUUUGAUGACUGGAAGUUGUUGAAAAUUUCGGUUUUUUCUGAGUACCUCAGAUGGUCAUGGAUAAUAUAAUUUUUGAUUUUUUUGCAUAAUUGUUUUGUGAAAACUGCCUGGAUUGAAAAAUAUGAGUUUCUAAAUGCCUCAAAUUUUUGAUUUUCAGCUCGCGAACUGCCGCUUUUUGAACCUCACCAAGCCCGAGGACCAAAUUGCCGCCCUCCAGGCAUACAAUUUGUUCGGCUUGUUCUGGAUGACGUGCUUCAUCUCCGCCCUAUCGGACAUGACCAUCGCCGGCGCAUUUGCCUCAUAUUACUUUGCGUUCCGCAAACCCAAAGAUGUCCCAUCGUUCCCGGUCCUGAGGUCGGCCGGAAGGGCCAUCAGAUUCCAUAUGGGAACCCUGGCGUUGGGAUCGAUGCUCUUGAGUUUUGUCAAAAUGCUUCAAGUGAUUUUGGAUUUUGUCUAUAACAAACUGAAAAAUGUUGAAAAUCCGGUGGGAAAAGCGAUUUAUCGGUGAGUUUUGGAGAGGUUUUUAUAUUGUAGUAGGUGAAGGAAGAUGAUUUUAUUGAAUUGGGGUUGAAAAUGGGGUUAGUUUUGUUAGAAAAAGGGAUGUAGAGUCUUUCUGAAGCGUGAUUUAGGAUUUCCCUUGAUUUUUGACUCUUAAUUUUUCGAAAAAUUUGAAUUUCCCGCCAAAUUUGGCCUUCUGUUCUAGGGCUCGGGAAAGCUGUAGAUGGUCAGGAAGUUGUCUAGAAACGGUUGUAAUAUACUUUUAGUGCUGUAUUUGAGUAUUUUCACCAUUUUUGAGAACUUUUUUUUUCAUAAAACAGAAUGCCAAGAUUUUAAAAUUUGGCGGGAAAUUCAAAUUUUUUGGGAAUUUUGGAUCGAAAAUGAGUUUUUUAGAAGUUAUAAUCAAUUUUACGUCCAGUACGAAUAUUUAUUUUCGAUUUCAGAGCCCUUACUUGUCUGUUUUGGUGCCUCGAGAAGAUCCUUCGGUUCCUUUCUAAAAACGCUUAUAUUAUGACAGCCAUAUACGGAAAGGGCUUCUGCACCGCCGCCAGAGACUCAUUUACUCUGUUGACGAGAAACUUGGUCAGAGUUGUUGUUUUGAAUCGAGUCACAGCCUUCUUAUUGUUCAUUGGAAAAGCUCUCAUUACGUGUGGAAUGGGUAAGAUAAUUUUUGAGUUUUUGAUAUGUUAUGGCGGAAGGUGUCAAGCGAUUUUUAUAUGAAAAUAUAAACUAAGGAUUGCUGAUUGGACUAGUAUUAGGGCGGUUUUAAAAAUUUGCCCUUAGGGGGUUUUAUGGGCGUUCGAAGUUUGGGUCCGGUUUGUGGUGGCAAGUGCAAUAUUAAAUCGAUGUUUUUGGUGGUUUAUGGAUUUAGCAAUUGGGUUUUCUUUUUAUUAUGGCAUAGUUAAAGGCUUCAAGUGUUAGGUGACAGAUUUGAAGUUCACAAUUUUAUGCCCUAAGGCGACUUAUGGCGGUUUAAAUCUAAGCUUCACUUUUAGUGUCAAGUAGAAUAUAAGCCGCUGAAAAACUAAGCAAAUGCGUUGAUUUUUAGUUUUUUAAGAAUCUUGUGGCUUGUGAUAUGUUGUGGUAGUCAAGUUCGCGCGUUUCUCGUAUUUUUAAAUACAUUUUUUCGGUUUUUUUGAACAAAAUUUGGGAGUUUUUUGGGAUUUUUUUGUAAAAUACGUCAAAAAAGCCUGGGAUUUGGGUUUCCUUUGCUGUAAAUAGAGUAGUCGGACUAUAUAGUUUAUAUUGAAAUCAAAAAUUUUAUUUUUUAAACGAUUUUUUUUAUCAAAAUCACCUAAAGUAAUAUAAUUUUUCCUCGGAUUUUUUUUAUUCUCCUUCUUUUUUCAGGCGCUCUCGCAUUUUACUACUUUACGGGUCAAAUCCGCAUCGACGACCUGCCUCAGGUCAAGCUGCAUUACUACUUUGUGCCGGUCAUAAUCGUGAUUAUCGGGACGUAUUUCAUUUGCGACCUCUUCUUCCAGGUCUAUGAUAUGGGUGUGGACACAACUUUCCUGUGCUUCUGUAAGUUGUUCAGAUAUUUUUGCUUUGAAUUUUGAGGAAAAAUACGACAUUUGGGGGAUGUUUAAUAUGUCAUGAUGACAGAAUAAAAUGUGUCAUCAUGACGGAUUUUUUUGAAUUUUUUUUUGGAAAAUUGAUGCGUUUGGAGUUUAAAAUACGAGACGGAUUACACUUUCUUUAAUUUUAGAAUUUUUAAACCGAGUUUUAUCCCGAUUUCUAGAAAAUGCGUCAUGCUGACAUGUGUAAUAUCAAAAAAAUCAGAGAAUUGGGUUUCAGAAUUAUUUUUUGCAAGACAAAAGAGGAUUUCAAAAAAUAUUUUCAUUUCGCGAUUUUGAUUUUUUCAUGAUCUUUUGAAUAGGAUGACGGAUUUUUUGGAUUUUUUUAAAAUGACCGGGUUUUUUGAAAUUUUUGGAAUUUUUAGUCCGUAUGUCGAAUAACUCAUCAUAAAAUUACCCAUAAAAUUUCGAAACCCCCUCAGGGUAUGCGGAAAUUUUAAGCCCCGCCCAUUUUUUGGGCUAAAUCACCUAAAAUAUUUCAAAACACCUAAAGCAAUGUUGAAAUCCAAAGUAAUUCGGAGAAAUAAUGAAAUUCGGUUGCAGUGGAGGACAGCGAAGCCAACGAUGGCAGUCCUGAGAAGCCGUUCUACAUGAGCGACGAGCUGAAGCGGCUGUUGGGCAAGGAGAACAAGUUCUAA